AUAUUUUUCAAAAUUCAAGGAGCAAAUAAGAUUUAAACCGACCACCCAAAUUUUUUGAAUGGGUAAAACCAUCCCUUGCUUACGUGGCACAUUCCUAGCAUCUCACAUCCAUACAAAGAUACAGUUAGCAAAAAGCUUCACUCUGUACUCCAAUGGCGGAAUUACUCCCAAUCUCAGUCUCAAACCUCACUAAUCGCAUCCCUUUCUCUUCCUUUCGUCCCACAAUCUCCUUCCAAUCGUUCAACACCACACCGAAUUGUUCUAUUAACGCCACAAACAUAAGCAGAAGGCUAGGGCUGGGAUUCAUAGCUUUAAUGGCGUCGUCAGUAACCGCGACACCCGUGGAAUUGGCGAAUGCUUUGGAUCUGAAAUUGAUCGCGCCGGAGCAGAGCUUGGACGAGGCUGAGAGCGGAAUCAGAAGCCAUGCGGAAGCGCUUUUGCAGGUGAGAAGCUUAAUCGAAUCGGAGGCUUGGAAGGAAGCUCAGAAGCGGUUGAGAAGCAGUUCGCCGCUGCUGAAGCAAGAUCUGUACACUAUAAUCGAAUACAAACCGCCUGCGGAGAGGCCUGCGCUUAGGAAACUAUAUUCUGUUCUCUUCAACAAUGUUACGCGAAUGGAUUAUGCGGCGAGAGAUAAAGAUGUAGAAGGAGUUUGGAAGUGCUACAAUAACAUUGCGAUAGCCAUCUCUGAUAUUUUGUCAAGAAUUUAGAAAGAUUAAGGAAGAUUUUUGAUUCUCAACUAAGGCCAAUGAAAUCGCAAAUCCAUUAUGGUGUUCUUCUAGUUCUUAGUCAAAGCAGAGUCGGUUCUAAUUUUUUGUUUUAUUUGGUUCAACCGCGAGAUUGGGGAUUGAUUGUUGGAGGAAGAUGAUGUCAAUUACAGUUUAUCGAUAGUUAAAUUUGGCUUGUUAUACUAUAAA